AUGAAAAACGCGCCCGGGCUACCUGGAUCUAUUGUCCUUCUAGCAUCAGCAUCGCGGUGUUUUGGAGGUGCCAGAGUCGUAGCCUAUGUCGCUUCCAAGCAUGGAGUUAUCGGGUUACUUCGUGCCUCUCAGCUUUUUGCGCAGCAGUAUGGCAUCCGCAUAAACGCUAUUGCUCCAUUUGUCACACCUACACGAAUUCCAGCAGGAUUUGCGAAAAAAUGGCACGAAGCCGGUCUUGAAGCCAACAGACCCCAACGUGUGGCGGAAGUGAUCGGGCAGGUUGCAAUGGAUCCGACCAGAAAGGGAUUCUGUGUUCUAGUGAUUGCCGGGGAUUAUCCUCGCGAAUUGGAAUUCACCAUGGCAAGAAUGCUGGCGCCAUGGCUUGGGGAGGAUGUUGCGAGAUCUAUGACCAGCGCGAUGCAAUUUUUCCAAGAUGUAGGGGGCUAUGUGCUUCCCAGCUACCGUUAA